GCGCAUUUGUAUUACAUACACGGCGGUCGAAAUAAAAUAAAAACGCCUCGCUCCAAGAAUGUGUGUCGCGCGUUUGCGUCGCUCAACGGCCCACCCGCGCCGCCAUCUUGCCGGCGCAAGCGACUCCGCCAUUAGAAUAUCGACGUGGACAUGCAUGUGCUGGAUGGACACCACGUCGUCCAAGAUGUAGUGGCAUCGCGUGGAAUAGCAGUGUCUGGAUGUCCGGGAACCCAUUCGAGAGAUACUCGACACAAUUGUUUGUGCGAAAUAUGAGAUACCGGCCGCCGACCCGAGGACCCAUGAAGAUCUUCGCUCCUUAUUGUAGCAAGCUGGUGUAGCACACGCCAGGACGCGGCGGUGGCGAAUACCUUGCGCUGCCUCGCCCGUCGCUUCGCACGGUGGAAACCCUCGAAGAUCAGGCGAUGGCUCUGUUGUGGUAUGAUUUUUCACGUAUAUUUCGAUAUUUGCCAUUUUCGAAAAAUCCAGUUUAUGUACGGAUAAUUUCAUCAAGAUUAUCCGGGAUGGCGGCGCCAAUCAUUGCGCCACGAUUGACGGACGCAUUCAGAAUGGUCGCGGCAGUCGCGACUGCUGUCGACAGGCACACGUUCGACGAAUGCACUGGAAGAUGUCGACUUCCAGCGAAAUUCAUGCAGGAGAACAAGUUGUUCAAUGGAUCUCCUGUGGCUGUGCACGUCAACGGCUCCACGUACCUUGGCAAAGCCCACGCGUGUCGACAUCGCGAUGCAUUCGCUGCAGACACGUCCAUUUCGAUUGCUGCCACGCACCCACUGCUUGAAAAGCUGCCCAAGAUACGUCUGGAGCAUGUAAAUGGCCACGGAAACGAAAUAUUCAUUUCCAUCAUCCCCACAGCCUUCAAAGCAGCGGCGUCUGUGUCGCUCGAGCCCAUCCCGACCAAGGACGCCGACAAAGCCGAAAUCAACAAGCUGCUCGAAAAUUCCAUUUCCCUUCGAAUCCUCCAAGAUGCAUGCCGUCGGCUAGUUCUCCACGAGUCAUGCAUCGUUCAACUCCGACAUCCGCAUGGCGCGACGACGUCGACAACCAUCUCUUUUCGCGUGCACAGGACGCUCCCUGUCGGACUGGUGCGGAUCGUUCGAGCGACGCGAGUGCUGCUGUUCCAAGCAACAGACGAAAACAGUGGUGAUGCUCUGGCCACCGACGUGGUGCAGCCCACAGCGGUCCAACCGUCGUCCGUACCUGGCGCAGAUGCUACCACAGCGAGCAUUGGCGGUCUUCAUGAUGAGUUGAAGAAGCUGGAAGAGCUGAUUUACAUGGCAGUUGAGUACCCGAACCUUGAGCGCGACAUGGGCAUUCAACUGCCGAAAGGCGUGCUUCUCUCUGGUCCUCCAGGAGUUGGCAAGACAUUGCUAGUUCGCACUGCGACGGCUCGAUGCCAAGCCAGUGGAAUCUGUCAGUUGAUGCUCCGGGUGAUCAAUGGCGCCGAGAUCUUAUCGGGGGGCAUUGGCGAUGCCGAAGCGGCGCUGCGGACGCUCUUUGCCGAUGGCCGCGAGUUCACAAAGCAGUCGCAAACCCAUGUGUUUUGUUUGUUUCUGGACGAGCUGGAUGCGCUGUGUCCUCGCCGGGAUGCCAGCGGCCGCGCCCAUAGCCGCAUCGUGGCGCAGCUGCUGACCCUCAUGGACGGUGUCGACGCGUCCCAGAGCCGAAUGCUCGUGUUUGGUGCAACCAACCUGCCCAACGCGAUCGAUCCCGCGCUUCGACGACCAGGUCGAUUCGAUCGAGAAGUCGCGCUGCGGGCCCCCGACGUCGGCGAUCGAGUCGAGAUUUUCAAAGUGCAUUUAAAGCAUGUGCCGCUGGAACGUCCUCUGACCGUGCAUGCUGUCUCGACCGCCCUCGCGGACCAGUGCGUGGGUUUUGUCGGCGCCGACAUUGCGGCGCUGUGCCGCCAGGCGUGCAUGAUAGCGCUCGCUCGAAUCGGCACCGCUGGCAAAACACACACGCCGCAGAUUCUCAAGUUCCUGCGCAACCAGCAACUGUCGGCCAUGUACUGGACCAACUACACGACGCACCAGCCCACGUUGGACCUGUGCCACGGUGUGAAAACGGGUGGAUGGUAUUCCAUCGAUGACAAAACUGUAGCUCUGGCCCAGCUCUCGGUGGCACCCAAGACGGUCGUCACGAUGGCUGACUUCACCGACGCGAUCGAGUUUGUUCAGGCGUCGUCGCUGCGCGGCGCCAACACGAUUCGCAAAUCCAAGAGCACGACUUGGACCGACAUCGGUGGCCUCGACGCCGUCAAGACGUCGUUGCAGCAAGCGGUGGAGUGGCCCCUGGCGUUUCCAGAUUCGUUUUCACGACUGGGUUUGAAACCACCGCGGGGAAUUCUGCUGUAUGGCCCGCCGGGUUGUAGCAAAAGCACGAUCGUUCGAGCUUGUGCAUGCGCAUCCCAUGCCACGUUCCUCAGUCUCAGCGCCGCCCACGUUUUUUCGCCGUUCGUUGGCGAUGCCGAAGCCGCGAUCCGUCAAAUCUUUCGAGACGCGCGCGCGGCGACGCCAGCCAUCAUUUUCAUGGACGAAAUCGACGCGAUUGUGACCAAGCGCGAGUUUGAACAAGGCGGGCGUGGAGGAUCUGGCAUGGAACUGCGAGUCCUGUCCACGUUGCUCAACGAAAUGGACGGCGUCGAAGCCGCGGACGGAUUGCUCGUGAUCGGGGCAACAAAUCGACCCGACAUGAUCGAUGCCGCGCUGCUGCGGCCUGGCCGAUUCGAUCGAGUGGUGUACGUCCCGCUGCCCGACGAAUCCGAUCGGCACAAGAUCUUGCAAAUCCACACCAAACACGCGGCGCUCGCCAAGGACGUCGACCUCAUGUGGCUUGCGCACGAGGCGGACAUGUUUAGCGGCGCCGAAUUGGAGAACGUGUGCCGGGAAGCAGCGCUGCUGGCGUUGCGGGACAACAUCAUGGCGACCGAGAUCGAGAUGACGCACUUUCAGCAGGCGCUGCGGUCCGCGUCGCCGGUCUCGACAAACGCAUCGCUCCAAGUGUACAAAGCUUUUUCCAGCAGACAAGGACCCAACUAAUCGAUGUAUGGGGCGACUCAUGCCGCGUCGGUCGGCCAUUCGAAUGGGACGACGUUCGCAGCUUUCCAGUACGCGUCGCCGUAGUUGAUGAGGAUUUGAGCGUCCGCUGCAACAUGUCGCUGGGUUUUCUAAUCAAUCGAAAUCGGUCAAUGCGGA